CCUUCAAUAACUAUUGAAUCAAAUGUAUAGGCAGGCCUAUGUUCCAUGAAUUAAUACUUUGUAUUCCUAAAUAUAUAUCAAUGUAUCUUUAAAGCCAUUAAAGCUACCAUCGGUGAAGGUCAGUGUAAAGUUUCGGGUCAUUACAUAUGCAUGUUGGUGGCGCCAUCUACUAAACAUACACAGGAAGCUUUGAAAGACAAACGGGUUGGGAUUGAUGAAAUGAAGAUCCGGCAAAUGAAUCGAAGAUAGAGUUAUACUAUUGUAUGUAAUGCAGAACAAUCAACAAUCGAUCAAGGCGUGAAGCUUAACUUUCCAAACUAUGGCAACAGGUGGCCAGUCUUCAAGUCAUCCAUGUCACAACCUCAGCAACCCGUCCAAACGUCUGUUCUGGUGUCGUCACUGCAUGGCAAAGUUCAUUGACCCCAUUCAAAGGUGGAGGCACAGCAAAACUUGCAAAAAGAUUGUUUCCUCUAAUCCACGUCAAGAAAUAGUUAGUACAGAUGGUAGAAUAUUGCAGGUGGUGGCAGGCACUACUGAGGGAAGUGUGGUGGUGUCCAAUCUAGCACCACUUGAAGAACCAGAACCUUCUGUAUCGAAACGUAAAAUCCGUAAACUUGUCAUGAACGAUUUGAAAUGUCAGAUUUGUGACCGUGGGUUUAUAUCACUCGAUGAAAUGCGGGAGCAUGUAAAGCACCCAUGUAGGAAAUUUAAGGAGGAGGUGAUCCCUGUUGCUGGGGUGUCAAUAACUUUACCUGAUUUAGAGCAAACGGAACAACAUGAGGAAGAAGCUGAGAAGGCCAGUGCCUUGAACAGUCUGGAGGCAAACCUGCAGCAAAUGGAGCAGUCACUGGCCAUGCGGUCUGAUGUAGCUGAUGAGGUGGUGGCCAAUCAGAUUGAGUCUCUACUGAAGGCUGCCCAGGUGUUACAGCAACAACAGCAGCAGGAGCAGCAGUCGGCGGCGGCCACAUACCAGCUUUUGGCCGCAGACGAUCUUGGUAAUGUGGACACACAGUAUGUCAUCACCACAAACCCAGAUCACUACGAAGAUGGCCAGUUUGAAGCAGUCACUGUGGAGACAGUUGCCACCCUGGAGAACAUUGUUCCACAGGUUGCUAUGUGUCCUGAAGUGGCACAACAGCAAGUAGUUCUGCAAUCAAACAUAGAACCAGAUGACCUCCAACUAAUAUCUGAGGUCAUAGCGAGGGAGGAACCGGAGAUUGGAAAACAUCAUAGCUUUGUCCCUCCAUCCAGCCGAACACCAUCGACAAGCUCACCACCACCAUAUUCAGAACCAGCUGCUGAACAAUCAGGGGAGGUCACCAGUCAUUGUCAGGGAGUGUCUAUGGAUAAAGAGCCACUAACUUUUCCUAAUGAUGACAAUAUUUUUGACAGUUCAAAGUCAGAUAAAAUAUCACCUACUGUUGGAGAAGGAUGUUCUGCUAAUGACUCAGUUAUGUCUGAUUGUGUCCCAAACUCUUCGGACAAGGAGGAUUCUCGUGAUAACAGUGUUGCCAAACCAAGACCUUCAAACUGUUGUGAAAAUGGGUGCUGUUAUGACCCUACUGUUGAUGAUUUUGGAUUUAGGAACCUUAUAGAGGAUAAUGAUAGCCAAACAAACGAACCCACUCGCCAAUGUACUUGUAGAUUGAGAUCUACAUCAUCUAAAUCAAACCAAUCACCUUCAACAACACAUCAACUGCCUAAACCAUCAAAGUUCAAAGUUCACGAGACUGCAAAAAAGAUGAGAACUAGAAGCAUAUCUAUGGAAGAGAAAAUAAUUGUUCCAAAAAAAAUUGUGAAAAAGAAGCGGAAAUAUAUUGGUGGGAGAGGAAGUUUGGACUGUGUAGCUAGGUCAAAGAGAAAAAAAAUAAAAAAGACGGCACCUCAAAAGGGGAGUGUUAGUAAUUCAAACACAAUACAGACAUCAAGAGAUAUUGGAGAAACUCAUGAACAGAAAUGUGAUCAGAAUGUGGACAGUGUAACAGUCAAAGAGAAUGUGAGUGUGAUAAAAAGACAGAAUAUUGGGAUCAAAGUUGAUGGCUUGGUUGAAUCGGGUAGAACAUUAUGUAAUGAAGGAAGUCAAAAUUUAGAAAAUAAGGCAACAGAAUUGAAUAGUAAUGUAUGUCUUUCAAAAAGUGUGACGCGGAAACCAAAAACAGCAAGAGAACCAAAAUGUCGAAUCUGUGAUCGCAUAUUCAAAUCUGUUAAGCUUCUUCAGAAACACAACAAAGUGCCAUGCAAAAUUAAACACACACGCAAUCUGUGUCAGAAGGUGCUUCGUCCCAAACGUGCACCUGUGGAACAUCUGUCGUCACUUAAGCAGAAACCUAAACAAAAUCUCACAAGCAAAAAGAGCAAGAAUGUGUUACGACCGCAGCUUCUGCCGGUAAGACGAAUCUCAGAUACCACUCUCUUUAUAUUGCCUAAAGCAAAAAAGGGAGGUAAGAAGAGACGGAAGUCUGCCCCAGUAUUUAUCUACUCACCACCAAUCAAGGAGUACAAAAAUACAUCUCUGGGUGUACACAUGACAUACAAGUCAUUACCCUUCAAGGAAAAAUUCUUCUUUGAUCUAGGAAUGAUUUCUACCGAACAUCUCAACAAAGACAGUUGUGACACAAGAAUGAUGGAUGUGUGUGAAGGUUUCUCACCAGAUUCGGAGAUGGAUCGUCAGUUGUCUAGUCAGGAAAUGAUUGAUGUGGUUGGACCAUGUACACCUCCACCAAUAUUAGAAAAGAUCCCUGAUCUUGACAUUUUCCCUGUACAUAGUCCAUCUUCUUGUUCCGACCUUGAACCUCCUAUACUUGAGGUCAUUUCAGAGCUACAGUUUCAAGAUUCUAGUUCAGAGGUUUUAUCACAUUCAAAUUCUACCAUUUGUAGGAAAACCUCCAUGACACCAAUGAUGUUUCCAUUGCCACCGACAGCAGGAAAGGAUGUGCUACCAGUUUUGGAAACAAACAAAGAGAAGAAAACAUCAAGCAUCAGAACUGCUGCACAGUCCCAGACAUCACAAAAUUUUAUGUCGCACAACGAACAAAAUGAGUCGGAUGAAAAAGAAAAACACUCCAAUGAAACAUCGUUUGAAUGUAACAGUCAAGAGUCUGUUCAGGAACAAAUGACUGAAAUAUUCACAAAAUAUUUCAUUUCUCCCGAAAAACAAAAACAAAAUCCAAAUUUAAAAUCGGUGAAACAAACAGACUUAUUUUCGAGAAAUCUGUCUAGAGAAUCUCGAAACAAUCAAGAGAUUAUUCCAAUUCAUAAUCAAGAACAGUUGUCUGAUAUUGAGAUGCGUGACAUUCAGACAUGUCAUCUGUCAUGCUCAAGCUCCAAAAUGUAUGAACUUCAGAAGACAGCUGAUACAUCUCCAGACAGCUUGAUGGUUGACAUGCAAAAUACUUCACAAAUUGAGUGUACAUGUACAUCGACUGAUAGACUGGAUACAGUCACAGAACAGCCACAGGAAUCUCAGAUGGGACGUUUUCUACAAGAGGAGGAUCCUUCUACUCAGAAUCUCUUGUUGGUUGGAGAUAACCCUGUGGGGAAUUCAAUCAGUGAGACACCUCUUACAUUACCUGCCUCUGUUGAAGUCUCUGCAGCGGAAAAUCUGGAACAGCAGAUGUCCAACCACGCAGCACCAUGUGAUGCUGACGUUCAUAUGAUUAUUGAUACAGAAGUGGAAAUACAUCAGUCCGCACAACCUGUCACACACAAACUUUCUGUCGAUCAAGUAGAGUCAGAAGUAAAUCCCAAAGAACAUUUGACUGAACUUCGAAGUGAAAAUGUCCAAAGUCACGCUACUGCAUUAUCUUCCCCUUGUAAGUCCUCCACAACUCGACAUUUCACAGAUCUUCUUGCUGACCUGUGUAGCCCUCCACAUUCGGAAGGUAUUGCAGCCGACACCUCAAUAUGGUCCAAAAUCCAACCACUUCCUCCCCAUAGUGUAACUGACAAGGAGACCAGUUCUAGUGAAAAAACCAAGGAUUCACAAAAGUUGGGGGAGCGACACUUCAUGGAUGCCAUCAUGGCAGCAGCAAUAGAUAUUGGUAAGACUACUAGUAGUGCUACAGUUAACACCGUGUCUAACAGUUUGUGUAGAAAAAUCCAAAAAGUCACAGUGGCUGUGCAAACUGAUGCAGACUCUUUCACAGAAAAAAUGCUACAUUCUUCGAACAAUUAUUUGGCUUCUCGGACGGACACACCAGCCACUGAUCAGGACCUGUUAUGUUCUGAUAUGGUAGGAAGUGAAACGUUUGAAACUAUGUGUGCCACUAGAAAAUUGAAACCGUCAGAAACGAAAAAUCUGGAAACAGAAAGGGCUGACAACAACAGAAAUUUGGAGGUCAAUGACCAUGCGAUUGAUCUGGACAUCAACACAGUUACUAAACAAACAGAAAUUUGUUCUGACACAAGUCCAGUGUAUGUGCAAGAAAUUCAAGUGGAAACUUAUCCAAUGCAAUCAAGCUCUAAGGAAGGUGGAGUAAAGGAAUCUUCACCACAGGAUGUUACUCCAGACCGUUCCUCUCCGAAGGAUAUAGUCGAAUCUUUGCAUCCUACUAUUAGUCAAAGUCAACCGCCUCUAAAUGAAAGCCGUUCAUUGGAGUCCUCAACAAAAUUGGGUUCAUCAAAGGAAUCUUCUCCUCAAAAGGGUGAAGGACGUAAUUUAUUUGAAAGCCUCUUUUCUAGUCUUGGAAAAGAAUCUGACAGCAAUGAUAGUACAGGCGUUUCACUGUCAAACACCACCCCAAACAACACGGAGUGUAGCAUUAAGGAAGCUGUGAUAUACUCUCCAUCCCAAAACAACGCACACUGUAACAUUGAGGAAGCUGUGAUAUACUCUCCAUCCCAAAAUAACACACACUGUAACAUUGAGGAAGCUGUGCUAUACUCUCCAUCCCAAAACAACACAUACUGUAACAUUGAGGAAGCUGUGAUAUACUCUCCAUCCCAAAACAACACACACUGUAACAUUGAGGAAGCUGUGAUAUAUUCUCCAUCCCAAAACAACACACACUGUGACAAUGAGGAAGCUGUUACAUACCCUCCACCCCCUAAAAACACACACUAUAACAAUCAACCUGACAUUUCCCUACAAAAGGAUGUAUCUCUGAAGGAAAGGCUGCCACAGAACUUACAUGUACCACAGCCUAACAGUCAAGAAGUGGUUGUUUUUCCUCCUCCUGGCAGUAAACUGACGGUGCAGGCACCAGACUCACCAGCUCCACAAUUUGUCGGUAGAACUACAUCGUUACCUUUAGGUUUAUCUAGAGAUAUUCCAGACAUAAAGAACAGGACAAAUCUGCUGGAAAUUGUCGCAAAAUCUCUUGGAAUUUACUCAGAUGAGAAUCAAGACCCUCAAACUGUAAACUCUGCUGGUAAACAGACUUCAGCAGCAGAAACUGUAGAGUCUGACGUAGCAACAGAGAACCCCCAGUCAGAAAUUUCACCUGUGUUUGUAAAUAUGCCAUUUGUACAGUCUACCUCAUAUAUUGGUGAAGCAGAGGAUUCUAGUGUACAGAUCAUCGUCAUGAACAACCAAUCCACCUCCAAUGAUUAUACUUCAGAUAUCAAUGUGAUUGACUUGCCUUCAAAACAAGAAAUCACCACCAAGCUCAUGGGAAAUUCCAGUGGUUUGCUUCAUCAAUCAGAACAACACAGCUCCGAUUUAGAUAGGUCCUAUCAAGACUCUUGUUUGUCACAAAAGACAUGUAGCAGAUGUGUAGCAACGUGUGCCGGGGACAUGUCGUCAUCAUUAUCAAAGUGUUCCUGCAGUGUGGUGGUAGAUAAAAUUGUUGUACCAUCAGUGGUGUCAAAUACAAUAACUUCUCAAAAACCUGGAGUCAAAGUUGUCAUGUGUGGUGUAGAAGAUUUAAAAAAGCAGGACAAUUCUUGUAUAGUUAUUGCAAACAAGUCGUCAUUACAAAUUAAUUCCAGUGGUCAAAGUACUAGCAGCAUAGGGACAUGGCAUGAUCAGGAGGCUGCUGGUGUGUCACAGCUGCGAGAAAAUCUAUGCAACACUCCAAUUCUCCCUGACCACUGUAAUCAGGAGGUGGAAGAAAGGUCCUUGCAUCUUUCAGAUGCUACGUCUGGUUCAAUUGUAGUUGGUCAGAAUUCCCAGCAUAAUUCUAGUAUUACAAGUUCCUCUAUGAGUUAUUUAACACCAGUUAUUAAUGUCUCUUCCUGUGGGACCCCCACACUGUAUGAUAUUCACCCUGUCUCUAGUGUUGAUGGACUCAAUUCUAAUGCUAUGAUAACAGACAUUCACUUAUCAACUAUUGAUACAAGGGAUGUGUCUGAACCUGUUGCUAUGGUGACUGAGGAAGUGAAUAAACCUGUUGUCAUGGUCACAGGGGAAGCGAUUGAAUCAGAUGUGACCAUGGUAACAAAUCUUGAUUCAGUUACCACAGAGGAAGUAAACGUCUGUUCAGGGUCGUGGGGAGAGCCUAACGUCAUGGUUCAGUAUGUCCAAGAUUUUGAUUGUGAUCAGAAUGUGUCUUAUAUUGUACUAGACAAUGAACAAAAGCAUGGCUCAGAUCCAUUUGUGAUCACAGAGUCGUCUUUCCUGCAGACAGGGGAGACAAUUCUGUGUUCAGAAGAGGAGGGCCUGCUGAACAGCAAGGAGCAGCCGUUACAGGCAGCCGUCAUGAAUUAACUAAUUAUUAUCAUCCUUUCUAUAAAGCAUUUAAACUGUUAAACCUGUUUGCGUUAGUGUAGUAAGAAGUGCAUGUCACAUAGCUGAAAAAAUCAUGCUGAUCUGCAAAAGAAAAAUCUGUCAACUUAUAAAUGACAUAGUUUUGAGUUUAGAAACAGUUCUACAUUAUUCUGUCACAAAAAUAAUUAUACAAAAAAAUGGUUUGAAUGAGAAAUAUUUGACAUAAGAAGGCAUAUAACACAGUUUUGUGAAAAUCAUAAAUAUUUGUGUAAAACAAAACAGGUGACAUGUACAUCACUUUUAUCAUUGAUAUUUUGUUUGCUUUUCAUGACUACCAAAGUUAAGUUGCUUGAAAUAAUUUAACAAGUUGGAUUCUUUGGAUGAAUUUCUUAAAUUUUACCAGAAGUGAAAUAAAUGUGGGGUUUAAUUUCACGCCCCUUUUUACAGGAAUGAAAAUUGCUAAACCAUACAUCAUAUUUCCAGGACUGCAUUUUGUGUCAUUCUACAUUGAGGUUGCAGCAAAAUAUUUUCCUGACACUAAUUCAAAAUCCCAUUCCUAUAGGGCCAACACAAAAUAAAGACAUGUCACAUUCAAGUGAAAAUGUGUACUUCAAAGGUUGUCUCCCUUUAAAUUGUUAAAUCACCUUUUGAGAUAAGUUACUUUUAUGAAAUGAAACAAACAAAAUACAUGUACAUGUGCAUAAUACUUGUGAUAAAAAAACAUGUCUUAUUAGAAGUUCACUAAACUUACAGUAACGUUUGUUUGUAUGUGUGAUACUUACUUAUAGCAGAAGUAUAGAAAUCGAUUGAUAAGGAUAACUAGUUUUGAGAAAGUAAUAUUCUUUUUGCAUGUAUGCUUUCCCUAAUAGUAAAAUGUUUACACAGUCAUUGAUAUAAAUGUGCUGUUUUCAAGAUACUUUUUCUUUCUGAAAUUUGAAUGGGUUUUAGAUAUGCAUGUCAUGUGGUAGGGGGGCAUGUGUACUUCGAAUUCAGUAAACAUGGAUUAUCUGACAACUGUUACUGCAAUAUACAGAAACUCAUGUUACCAGCUGUGUAUCUGAUGAGCAGAUACUAAUCCAUAGAUAUCCAUUUCAUAAAGAUAUGAAAUUUCUGCCAUUUCUAUCCAAAUCUACCAAUCUUGCACCGCGACGAAAUUGGCUUGUUACUGUUUGAUGUUAAUUUUACCUUCACACUUUUUUUUUGACUUCACACUGAAAGUAUAACAUGCCCCCCUAAUGUACCAAGUGACUGCCAAAUCAUGUGACAUUUUAUCUCGAAACCUGUAUUUUAGAAAUAUUGGAAUUUCUAUUUACUGGUACAAAAAAAUGUACUAAUUUAUCUAUGUCCAUAUUAAUACUGUAACUAAACCCAUAUGGCUAAUGCAUCUAUACAUGGAUUAUAAACUACUGACUACAUAUAUUAGCUUGUAUGUACCUGUAUCAAGUUAAGUGUGGAAUUUCACUGGCUGCAACACAAUUUUUCAUUUGCAACUACCAGAUACAUGCAGCAUUCAAGUCUAAAUGUAAUAAAUAUUUCUGAAGUUUUUGUCUAAUGAUAGUUAAGAUUACAAGAACAUGAAUGUAUUUCUUAGAUAGAAGUCCAUUGUUUAAGGCUGAUGUCCUAUAAAUGUACGUUAACAUACGGUUAUAUAGACAAAGCUGGCUAGCACUGGGACGUCUUGUUUUACUCUGCGACAGUUAAUGUUUACAUUGUAAUGUUUAAGUUUUGUUGUGAUGAAGUAUACACCUACUGUUAAUACAGACUCUAUUUUCAAGGAAGGCAGUGCAAUAUGAGCUUGUUAUAGUAAUCUUAAGAGAGAAUUUGAUAUCAUAGCAGUUAUAUUAGAUAAAUAAAUGUGUUACUGAUUAAACUUCCUGUAAAAUUUCUUUUAAAGCUUCCUAUAUAUGUAAAUAUUGUUUAUAUAUCAGUGGUCAAUAGUGAUAAAGUGCUGGAGACCUGCUCUCAGAUAUUCAAAACCUCCUAAGUUUAACUCAAAUAUCAAGUGGUAGAUGUUCAACAGUGUUACACUUCAUAACUGAACUAGCAUGUAUAUAGAUAAAAAAAAAUCCUUUCUGAAAGCAGUACCACUUCUGAUGAGACUUUUUAACUGUUUUGAGAGAUCACUUGUUCUUGUUGUUUUGCCAUAAUGAGUAUCUCUUCCAAACCAGCUCAGUUGUAUUGUGACAGUGUUGAUGUUGUGAAGUUAAGGUUGACAUACUGAACCAUGACCAAACAAACUUUACAUUUUAUUUCCAUUUAAAUAUUAUGUAAUAUAAAAUGUUUAAAUGUUAUGAUAUUUUCUUAAUAAGAAG